AUGGGUAGCGCAUAUAAGCCAAAGAACAUUCUUAUUACUGGAGCAGCUGGAUUCAUUGCAUCCCAUGUAUGCAACAGGAUAGUCCAUAACUACCCUUCAUACAAGAUCAUUGUCCUUGACAAGCUUGAUUAUUGUUCAAAUCUCAAGAAUCUGUUUCCCUCACGUUCAUCCCCCAACUUCAAGUUCAUCAAGGGAGAUAUUGGAAGUGCUGACUUAGUCAACUACAUUCUUCUCACUGAAUCUAUUGAUACCAUAAUGCACUUUGCAGCACAAACCCAUGUUGAUAACUCUUUUGGCAACAGCUUUGAGUUCACCAAGAACAACAUUUAUGGAACCCAUGUCCUUCUAGAAGCCUGCAAAGUCUCUGGUGGUCAGGUGAAGAGGUUUAUCCAUGUCAGCACAGAUGAAGUUUAUGGUGAAACAGAUGAGGAUGCUGUGGUGGGAAAUCAUGAGGCUUCUCAGCUUUUACCUACAAAUCCUUAUUCAGCUACAAAAGCUGGCGCUGAAAUGCUUGUUAUGGCAUAUGGUAGGUCUUAUGGAUUGCCAGUUAUAACCACAAGAGGGAACAAUGUUUAUGGGCCUAAUCAGUUCCCUGAAAAGUUGAUUCCAAAGUUUUUGCUAUUAGCCAUGAAAGGAAAAACUCUCCCAAUUCAUGGGGAUGGGUCUAAUGUCAGGAGUUAUCUCUAUUGUGAAGAUGUUGCUGAGGCUUUUGAGAUCAUUCUCCAUAAGGGUGAGGUGGGACAUGUUUAUAACAUUGGGACAAAGAAAGAAAGGAGAGUGAUUGAUGUGGCUAGGGACAUAUGCAAGCUUUUCUCUUUGGAUCCAGAGACACAUGUUAAGUUUGUGGAGAAUAGGCCUUUCAAUGACCAGAGGUACUUUUUGGAUGAUGAAAAGUUGAAGAAUUUGGGUUGGUCGGAACGCACUACAUGGGAAGAGGGUCUAAGGAAAACCAUGGAUUGGUAUGUUAAGAAUCCUGAUUGGUGGGGUGAUGUUUCUGGAGCUUUGCUUCCUCAUCCAAGAAUGCUCACAAUGCCAGGAGUUGAGAAAUACUAUGAUGGCUCUGAGGUGAGCAAAACUGCUUCCAAUGUUAAUGUAAACAAUUUGUCACCACAGAAGCCAUCUUUGAAGUUCUUGAUAUAUGGUGGUGCAGGGUGGAUUGGGGAGCUUCUAGGGAAUAUUUGUGAGAAACAAGGGAUACCCUUUGAAUAUGGUAUAGGACGUUUAGAUGAUAGAUCACAGCUCCUGGUUGAUAUUAGGACUAUUAAACCAACUCAUGUUUUCAAUGCUUCUUCUGUGACUGGUGCUUUAAAUGUGAAAUGGUUUGAAGCUCAUAAACCUGAAACCAUACGUGCCAUUGUUGUCAGUGUGUUAACAUUGGCAGAUGUAUGCAGAGAGAGCAGUCUCCCCAUGAUGAAUUAUGCCUUUGGUGGUAAUUUUGAAGAUAGACCAAAUUCUAUUGAUUCCUUCUAUUUUAAAACCCAAGCCAAGGUUGAAGAGUUUCUAGAGGAAUAUGAAAAUGUGUGCACACUCAGAAUCCAGUUACCUGUAUCCUCUGAUCUGAGCAAUCCACAUAACUUCAUCACCAAGAUAACAAGGUCUGAUAAGGUGGCUAACAUUCCAAACAGCAUUACUGUUUUGGAUGAACUUCUGCCACUUUCAGUUGAGAUGGCAAAAAGGAAUUGCAGGGGCAUUUGGAACUUCACGAAUCCUGGUAUUGUGACUUGCAAUGAGAUUCUUGAGAUGUACAAGAAUUAUGUUGACCCUGGUUUUAUGUGGGUUAAUUUUACACUUGAACAACAGGGUCAUUUCCCUUUUCCAAGCAUUAAGGAUGUGGAUGCAUCAAAACUGAAGAAGAAAUUUCCUGAGCUGUUACAUGUCAAGGACUCGUUGAUUAAAUAUGUCUUUGAACCAAAAAAUAAAAGCUUGGGUUAUUGA